AUGAGACCCUCGCCUCUCCCCUCUUCCUGGUCCUCUGUUGGACCCAACAGCACCUCUGUGACCCAACCUGAGAGCCUGCCUGGGUUCUACUGCCGACCGAGACCCGAGAAUCAGGAGAACCAGGCAAGGAGAGGACAGAGGCUCAACCCAUUCAGCUAUCCCUGCCUGGCAGGCCCUGAGAUGUUGGCUGAGACUGGCUUCAUCAGUAGAACAGAGGAGGGAACAUCAGGGUACGAGAGCGAAGGCGGGCGAUCCCUCUUCCCCACCACCCCCCCGGACGGCACCUUCACCUCUCCCUCCUUGUCUCCCAUCUCUCUCUCUCUUCCUACAGGGAGGCGGCCACGUACAGCCUACAAAGCGGAGCAGAUCAACAGUCUGGAGACGGCCUUCAAGAGGAACGCCUACCUGGGCACUCAGGACAAGGCCGAGCUCUGCAAGAGACUCAACGUUACAGACAAACAGAUCCGUAACUGGUUCCAGAACAGGCGUAUGAGGAUGAAGAGGAUGGUCCAGGAUGCUCUGGCCCAAGCCUGCCAAGCUAAAGUAACAUCUCACCUGCUGCACUACACCGAGCUACAGGCCUACCGCCCAGGCCCCAACCCCACCUACCAUCCCCAUCACGCAGGAGCCGAGGGGGGCGCUUCCACCCCAUACCUCCACAACCAAUACAGCUCCUCCAUGGCCGGUCCAGCCUCCCUGCCACCCCCAUGGACUCUUUAUACCAAUACGUCAGCCUCCCCGGUCUGGUGA